CUGUGUUCGAUUGGUAAGCUACAUGUGACGCUUGCGCACGACCUGCUCUUCCUUUCUGCUAGCUUCUCCGCCAUGGCGCCUAUUCAGAAGAAGCAGAACACCGGCAAAGGUGGUAAGAAGAAGAAGCAGGUCCUGAAGUUCACCCUGGACUGCACCCAUCCUGUGGAAGAUGGCAUCAUGGACGCCGCCAACUUUGAGCAGUUUCUUCAGGAGCGCAUCAAGGUGAACGGGAAAGCCGGCAACCUGGGCAACGGUGUGGUCUCCAUCGAGAGGAGCAAGAGCAAGAUCACCGUGUCCUCUGAGGUGCCCUUCUCCAAAAGAUACCUGAAGUAUCUGACCAAGAAGUACCUGAAGAAGAACAAUCUGCGUGACUGGCUGCGCGUGGUGGCCAAUACCAAGGAGAGCUACGAGCUCCGCUACUUCCAGAUCAACCAGGAUGAAGAGGAGGAGGAGGAUGAAGAUUAAUCAGAUUUUGUACAUUUGAAUAAAUGUUGUUUACAGUA